AUGGUAGGGUUUAGGAAAGUAAUUGAUUCAGUUAUUGAGCACAAAAAGCCCAUCAUCGCUCAUAAUUCAAUGCUCGAUAUUUUUCACCUUUAUUCUCAAUUCGUGGAUCGCUUGCCUGAGGAUGUUUCUCUUGGCAAGAAAAUGAUUUCCUCUGUCUUUCCGACAAUACUGGAUACAAAAUUAAUUUCAAGGGAUCCGAUGCUACUGGAGUGUCAUCUUGGCGAAAUGUUUGGCUUGCUUCAGACACCGCCACUUUCCACGGUCCAUUUGAAACUCUGCUAUUCGGCCGAAUUUGAACAAUAUUCCUAUGAGACGGGUGAAUCCAAAUUCCAUGAUGCUGGAUACGAUUCCUAUUGCACGGGCGUUGUCUUUUUGAAAAUGAUCAAGUAUAUGCAUGGGCUUGAAUCGGCCAAUGAGACUGCCCUUGUGGAUGAUGGUAAGAUUUGUCAGCAUGCUCUAUCCGGUGAUUUUUACUAUGCCAACAAGCUUAAUAUGAUGAAGUCCGGUAUGAAGCAUUUCAACCUGUCAGGACCGGAAGAACGCAAAGUAUAUUUGGACAUCUUGCAACGCAAGCAUCGACAAGCACAGGUGAAAAUGUUAGCGUUGACACUCAUUUUAGAUAUUCCAAACACCUCAAAUUUGGUUGUUGUCACCUUUGAUCAGAAGCAUGACGAAGACAAGAUCAACUCGAUUUUCAGUCCCUUCGGGAGCUUUGCCAUCCAUCCUUUGAAUGAUGCCGCAGUGAUAUUGGAAUUUCAAGACAUGGACGAAUCGUUUGCACGCGUUUUCGAUUCAUUUAACGAUUCGGAAAGCUUGACCGUACAGACCUACGAAAGCUUUACGGCACAGACAUACAGCCCUCCAUCCAAAAAGCGGCGUUCGUAA